AUGAUGGCGAUGAUGAUGAAUGGCCGUGUGCUGCUGGUGUAUGCUCUCUGCGUGCUGUGGUGCGGUGCGGCGGUAAUGGAGUCGGUUGUCGAUGAUGUUGUCGAUGGCGGAGUAAAGGAGGGUCCAUUGGGAGAUUCACAGUCUGAUUCUAGAGACGAAAAAGCAGCAAAACCGGAAUUAUUUGAGUCAGUCGAUGAGGGUGUAGGGUCCGCGGAUCACUCGUUGGAUACACGUUCAGGAACCAGCGUCAAUGAGCAAGGGAACUUGGUCAAAGAACCACAAACAGGGAAUGUUGGGAAGAAAGGGGUAGAAGGAGAAGGCCUCGGAACACAACGCAAUGAAGUACAUGAACAGCAAGUAGAAGAGGAAGUCAAAGAACUAACGGUGAAACAGAAAUCUCAAACAAAGGAUAAAGUAACAGUACCACAAUCACUACCACCGACGCCAGCAGGCACAAUAACAUCCCCACCACCACCAACAGCAUCAAUGCAAGAAUCACCGAGAACGCCAGGACAACCACAAGAAAACUCACAAAAAUCAGCAGGGCAGCCACCAAAGCUACAAGUACAACCACCAUCAUCACCAGCAGCGUCCGCUGAAGGUGAAGCCGAUGGCGGUCUUGUUGGUGCUAGUGACACUUCUCGUGUUACUGGUGAUAAAAACAAAGAUCCUAAAGAAAGUGAAGGUCGCGUUUCCGGGCCACCUUCCGGUGGUGCUUCUUCAUCUCCCAUUUCCAACAAUGGAGAUGCUUCACGGAAUAAUGGCGGUGCACCAUCCACCCAGGACACGACAUCUCUAAAAAACAAUGAGCAGUCAGGGCCAACAACAUCUUCAGGGAACGCACCACUCAACAGGGAGACACCGGAGAGGUCAACACCCGAUGCACAACGGCACUCCUCUGAUACACAAGAAAAUGAAACGGGUCAAACUGCUGAUGGGGAUGCAGCUCACAGCGCCGCGGGGCAGAGUGCCAUGGGGACGAAAGACUCUUCCGGCGUAUCGACUACCGCCAGCAACGCACCAACAACACCUCAACCACAACUGCCAGCACCACCAGUACCACCAACGGCGACAGUAACGGGAGCACCGGCAGAAAAACCAACUGCAGAACGAUUGCCACCACCGGCAGAUUCAACACCAGGAGAAGGCCUAGCAGCAACAACUACAGCUCAAACGAAUGAUACGGCGACACCUGGCGACAGUGACGGCAGCACCACGGUCUCCCACACCACCUCCCCUCUUUUGCUUCUUCUUCUUGUUGCGUGUGCGGCUGCGGCUGCGGUGGUGGCCGCGUGA